UGCUUGCCGAACUGAGUCAACAAGCUUUUUUCGAAGCUGAACAGAACCCGGCUGGUGUCAAACGUAUACACAAGGACCUUGAACAACUACGAUUACCUCCGUCAGCAUUUUCGGCCAGCUCAGUUUACAAAAAUCAACCCGAGUCACAGGCACACAAAGCAAACUUGGUCGUAUUUGCAUCUCAGGAAGAGUCCUCUGGAGCUUGGUGUCCUGCGAAACCCAUCCAGGCAGAACGCUCGGAAUGGUUACAAAUCGAAUUCGAUACUCUUAAAAUCAUGCGGGUCCUCUUUACUGAAGGCCGAGCAAACAACCAGGUGAGAACAUGUUAUGUGCUACCCGACGAAAUCGUCAACCAGCAUGAUGCACCUGCAUUUCUACUGAAAUGUCUCGACUGUUCUUCUUUGAUGCAUUGGCUUCGAAUUCCAACACCACCCUAUGAAGUUGCACCAUUACAGCAACCCUCCCGGUAUGAAAUGUUAGAUGGUGUCAUCGAAUAUUCAAUUCCUGAAGGAGAUGUCUACCGUAUGGACCCGCGGCAUCACGUUUCGUUGAACGAUACAAGUUACGAUGGGUCCUGGAUCAUUCCGCCUACAACAUCGAAUAGUCCGGAAUCUAUUACAAGCCGGCGUGCUUAUUUCUACGGAGGAAUCGGGUUGCUAAUGGAUAAGCAAUAUUACGAAGGAUCUCUCCCCGAAGCGGUUGACAAUCACAACGUCGUCGGUUGGUUUCGGCGCCAGCAUUCCAGGCCAUCUGAGCAUAUCAUGAUGCUAUUUUGCUUCGAUCAAGUUCGUAACUUUACUGAGCUCCGAAUUCACGCUUUGAACUCACUACACUACGUAGCGCUGUUUCGCCGUGCCCUUAUCCAGUUCAGUAUUGGCGGUCGUUAUUAUGAUCGGAAAUCUGCGGCUAUUCUCUAUGAGAGUCGACGCGAUACACAACACAGACAAGCUCGUUGGGUUUCCAUACCAUUGGACCAUCGAAUCGGUCGGUUUGUUCGCAUAACGCUCUGGUUCGACUAUGACUGGAUCGUCCUCUCGGAGAUUACUUUUGAUUCUGUCCCUGUAUCCAGCUCGAUGGUAUCUGCAGUUGAAAAGUUAUCAGAUCCGGUGAUGAAGCUUUCUGAUGUGGAUCUGAAUCAACUGGACGAGGAGCACCUGCCUUGGUCAAACUUUGACUAUUCCGUUGAAGAACGGAAUGAACCGCAGAAUGGUAGCACCGGUCGAGCGGCCUUGGAUUCUCUGUUACCGCCAACAGGGUCUUUAGCUCCUCAAAUUUCACUAGAUCCACCACCGCUGGCGCAAACACAGCCAGUCAGACAUCGAAAUAUUGUGGCUGAUAAUCCCGUGAAUUCGGUUGCAAAAGGUCGCUCUUCGAACAUCCCCUAUAUUAUCGCUAUAUUAUGCUGUUGUCUCGGUUCAGUCGCAUUUGCCACUUUGUUCGGAUUCAUGCUCUACCGUCUUCGUAGGCAUCGCCACCGACGUCUGAAAAAGUCCCAUAAAAACCAGUUACAGUCUAUCGACGGCACGAAGCAUCAACUUCCGUUGCUCCUAGCAAGUUCACACCAUACGCCAAACAACGUUUAUCCGCCUGGAACAAGUACUUCUACACUGAUUGCUGAUCCUUCGCUCCAGUCCAUGCUUGCUAGCCCCCUACAGUAUAAGAAUGCGCCCUCCGGAACAAUGAAACCGGACAGUACCAUGUUCGGAAUCCCUUACAACACCACGGGACUCUUUCCUCCGGGCAGCGUAACUUUAUCGCAUCCGUUGCCAGAUUCUAUCGCCUCACAGCACUAUGCGGCGUUCGCUCCGGGAUUAGACCAAGAGGGCCUUCUAGCCUUGCAGCUGCUGCACUCCGGGUCGACACCGGGCUCCAACUUUUCUUCAAUUGGUGGCGCAAUGACCAUGGCACGCCGAGGUAUUCACGAACCUUAUCCAUUUGUCUCCGUAUCCACAGCAUGUCCCUAUCCACCUACGGUGGCAGUCACAAACUCCCAUGUUUCUGCCGUGAAUAAUGGUCCUGUGAAGCUGCCUUUCUGUCCUCCCCCGCCACCGGACCAACCGUUACCUCCACUCCCACCACCAUCCACUUCACCAGAUUUGAUACAAAGGCAACCGUUUCCCGAUAAUCCUUCCGGCAAUCGGAUACAAGGUUCCAAUGUCCCUUCAGUCGCGCCCUAUGCCCCUCCUUUCCCAACACACUCAUUUGCUCCAGACAGUGGGCUUAUGCUCUCACUAGAUGGAUCCAUGCCAGAAUAUGCCAGCGCUUCCCUAUUUAGCGGUACUGGCAGUGUUCAACCGAGCCCAGGUCAGCCACCGCUAACCGGUCCCCCAAGCGCCAAACCUCUGGGGCCGGAUUGCGACAAGACAAAGGGUUCUGGCGAAACCUACUGUGUCCCACAUCAGAACGGUAUUCGUGGCCAUGGCAACCUAUGGGGGCUCUCUCAAUCACAAUUCCCUCCUAGACUUGAUUUGUUGACUACUGGCACCAACAUAACAUUCUCUACUGUUCCUGGAACCAACAGCGACUGCCACACAGGUAGCCUGGGUUCCAGCGGAAUGUAUUACCUUACCAAUACGACAGAUUCGGCACAGUUCGAUUUGAAUCAGAUCCCGGUACACGACCCUAGCUUGCAUCCAUCAGCAAUGUUUCUUCCGUUUCCGUCUUCUACCCAUUUUGUACCGAUGCAUGGGCUAGCUCUCUUUCCAGAACAAGGGGUUGAUGUAUCUGGUGGCGUUCUCAAGUUUCCGCAGAACCUGUUUGACACCCAGCGAGCAACAGCUGAUAGUGAAUUCUCUCGUUUUGCAGCUUCGUUGAAUCACUCUGCCUCUGGUACAAAUGGCACGACAGACACGACCGAUGGUCAGGGGGAUUCCGGAUAG